AUGGCCUGGGGGCUGCCCAGCACCGCCAGCCUGGCGCGCUUCUGCCAGAAGCUGAAUCGGCUAAAGACACUGGAGGAGCCCACCACGGAGACAUCGCUGCGGCGCCAUCUGACCACGCUGGACCUGACCCUUCAAGGUGUGGGUGCCUCCAUGGGCUUAGGCCUCUACGUGCUCACAGGCACUGUAGCCAAGUGGAUGGCUGGCCCUGCGGUGCUUGUGUCCUUCAGCUUGGCAGCUGUGGCCUCCCUGCUCACAGCCUUAUGCUACGCGGAGCUUGCAGUACGUGUGCCCUGCAGAGGCUCUGGCUACCUCUUCACCUAUGUGUUCCUGGGUGAGCUGUGGGCCUUCCUUGUUGGCUGGACUGUGCUCAUCCAGUGCCUCUUUGGUGGAGCUGCCAUGGCCCGCGCCUGGAGCGGCUACCUGGAUGCCAUGCUUAGCCACCACAUCCAGAGCUUCACCGAGGUCCAUGUGGGCAUCUGGCAGGUGCCCAUCCUGGCCCAGUAUCCAGACUUCUUGGCUGCUGCCAUCAUACUUUUAGUGUUGGCUUUCGUCUCCUGUGGAGGCCGUGUCUCUUCUUGGCUCAACAGCACCUUCUCUGCCAUCAGUCUGGUCGUCAUCCUCUUCAUCAUCAUCCUGGGGUUCGUCCUGGCCCGCCCGCACAACUGGAGCGCUGAGGAGGGCGGCUUUGCGCCCUUUGGCUUCUCGGGCAUCAUGACUGGUGCCGCUGCCUGCUUCUACGCCUUUGUGGGUUUUGGUGCCAUUGCUACCUCCAGUGUUGAGGCCCAGAACCCAAAGCGAACGGUGCCUUUGGCCCUCGCCAUCUCAGUUGGUGUGGUGGCUGGUGCUAACAUCCUCGUCUCCACAGUCCUCACCCUCAUGGUGCCCUGGCAAAGCCUGGAGCCUGACUGGGCACUCGCUGAUGCCUUCCACCAGCGGGGCUAUAGCUGGGCAGGUGUCAUCGUGGCGGCUGGUGCCAUCUGCGCCAUGACCACUCUCCUGCUCAACAUCCUCUUGUUCGUGCCACGCAUGGUCUGUGCCAUGGCUGCCGAUGGGCUCUUCUUCCAGGUGUUUGCCUGCGUGCACCCCCGGACUCAGGUGCCUUUGGUGAGCCUCUUGGUGUUUGGGGUCCUCAUGGCUUUCCUGGCGCUGCUGCUGGACCUCCAGGCACUGUUCCAGUUCCUGACCAUUGGAACAAUGCUGAGCCUCACUGUCCUGACCACCAGCAUUAUCACGCUACGCUUCCGAAAGUCCCCUCCAUCCAAUUCUCAGGGCCCAGGCAGCCCUGUGGUCAUCGAGCCUGGUCAGCUGCGACCAGCCCUGAGGCCCUACCUCCGCUUCCUGGAUGGGUGCGGACCUGGAUCCGCUGUGGCUUGGGCGCUCGGUGUCCUGGUGGCCUCAGCCAUCACCCUGGACUGCGUGCUGGUCUUCGGGGACUCGGUCCUGCACCUCCCAACCUGGGGCUACACCCUGCUGCUCCUGCUCAGCUCCAUCACAUUUCUGCUCAGUCUCCUCGUCCUGGGGGCCCACCAGCAGCAGCGCCGGCAGGACACCUUUCAGGUUCCCAUGGUGCCCCUGACUCCUGCCCUGAGCAUCCUCCUCAACAUCUUCCUCAUGCUGCACCUGAGCUACGUGACCUGGCUGUACUUCUCCAUCUGGCUGCUGAUCGGACUCGCAGUGUAUUUUGGCUAUGGCAUCUGGCACAGCAAGGAGAACCAGCGGGAGCAGCCGGGGUUGACUGUCCCACAUGGCAGCCUGGAGGAGAUGGUGCCAGCCCUGCAGCCCCCCAACCAGACACCGGCCCAGGAGCCCGGUCACACGGAGCGGCCUGCCAGUCCAUGA